UUAUUUCAAUGUUAUAUGCAUCAACGUUCAAGUUAGUUUUACAGUCCAUCCACUAUAAAAUUAUUUAAAAUGCGAAUAUCUUUUUUUCAGCAAAAGAGAAUGAAAAUAAUUGAUUUCUCUCCUGAUCACUAAUUCCUGUUGGUAUGUGCAUCAUUGCCAACUCUAUAGAAAGAAAAAUAACAGUUAUAAUUUAAAAUGCCUGAGCUCGUUGCUUUUUCUUCUUUUCAAAAGGAUAUCUGCUUGGCAACAUGAAAGAGAGUUUGAUUUAUAAUAGUAAAGACGAGCUGAUUUUAAAACUUCUUACUGUGAACCGAAACUUGAACUGUUUUUAACGCUUCUUACUGUGAACCGAAACUCAUACAAAGACAAUCACGUCUCAUCAAAUACCCUUCAGUUAAAAUUUUCGCAAAUUUUGGCUUUUGCGAAGUUAAUAUCAUUGUGAAAAUUUAUAAGAGCUACAUAUAAUUUUGCUUGUCUGUCUCGUAAACUUUUCAACCACAAAAGAAAAGAAAUAAAUUGAUAUAAAUUCAUAGCGGCAUAGAUGUGAACAUAUUUUUUUUCAUAGCGACAAGGAAGAUAAAGGAGUUUGUUGCCAUUAUAAGUAGAAGAUUUAUCCGUAAUUAGUAACAUCAGAAUAUUGGAAAAAAACGAUAUUGAAAAUGAUUUGAAAGCAAUAAAUAGUUCUAUAAAUUUGCCGCUCUCUAUAAAAACCGACACACGAAUUUGUAAACACUGAGAAUGAAGAAACUUUGCCCUAUCGAUGACCCGCCUCCUCACGAUAAGCACUACCUGAUAGGUGGAAAGAGAUUGUCAGUCGGUCUAAUUACACAGAGAGAAGAAGGUUUGCAUGGAUUUGCCUCAUAAAUUACUCACAGGAGACAAGUAAGGUUUGUAACUACCUCAUGAACAUGCAUUUCAUUAGUAUUUUCCAUAUUGAACAUCGGUUAUAUUUAGCAGUCUUACUACUAAUUUUGCAAAAGCCACAUCACACCUACGCCGAAGGUGCUCCAAGAAAACUGGCUCUUGCUGAUGAUCAACGAAUCAUUUUCACACAUAUUAAUGAAACUUUGGAAUUAAAAUGUCCUAUAGAUACAUCAGACACUAAAACGUUUGUGGAAUGGAGCAGAGGAAAUGAAUCGCUUUAUAUGGAACCUGGCUACGAAAUAAACAAAAAAGGUGUAUUGAGAAUAAAAUCUGUUACCAUGAAACAUGCUGGAACUUACACUUGUGAGGCUGUUAAUGGAUAUGGCUUUGUACAAGUACAGCUGAAUGUUAUAGUAGACAAACCUGAAGUUGGAAAUGUUCACGACAUACCAAUCAACCCGAAUUCUGUGAACCGUGUACAUGUUUCUCAACCAAGUAUUAAAAGACGUCCUACGGAAUUUAUUGAUGAUGUUGGAGGCCAAGCAACUUUUCAUUGUGUAUCUACAGGUCAACCAACUCCUCAUAUAUUUUGGUUCAAAAACGGUUUUCAAAUUAAAAGUGCUGAAACUGAGAUUUCAAAAGGAAAGGUUCAUUCUACCCUUAAGUUGAGAGGGCUUAAGAUGAGUGAUGCAGGAAUUUAUAAAUGUAUUGCAAGAAACAUAGUUGGAGAGGACCAUUUGGACUUCCACCUUCAAGUUACAGAAGUACCAAAGCCACCUCGAAUAUUGUCAUUAGAGCCUACAUCUUCCACAAUAAAAGAAGGCGAAGCUGCUGUUUUCUGGUGUGAAGUUGACAGCAAACCUGGCUUAAAAUUGCACAUUAAGUGGCUAAAAAAGCUGAGUAAAGAAGAGAUCACAGAGUCAGUUAUACUGGACGACAUGACGCUCUUUCGAUCUGGAGCAAACUUUUAUCGUCCUCUAAGUUUGCCAAAUGCUACUAAUACUAACUCUGGAGAUGGACUUUACAAAUCAAAACUUUUAAUAAAGAAUUCUUGUAAAGAGGACUCGGGAACAUAUGUUUGCCUUGCUCUGAAUGACAAAGGCUUCAGCUUUAAAAAUGUCUCUUUAACAGUUGUGAACACAGCUUUGAAGUCCUAUCCUGGACACUCUGGUCCUUUUACUACAAGCGAUACAUCUCUAGUUGUCAUUGUUAUCAUUGCUUUAGUAAUAGUUUUGCUAACUAUUGUUCUUGCUAUCCAGUUGUAUUUCAGAAGCUCGUCGCAAAAAACUGUCGCAUCCAAAAGAGUAUUUUUUGAUCCUGAAUGUGGAACCUUGUCCCAAGAUCUUAAAAAAACAGUGAAAAAAACCACUAUUUCAUAUCCUGAAUUAAAUGAUCCCCAAUCAAAAUCAAAUCUGUUAUGCUCCAACUCAACAUAUGGUUUUGAAACAGAAAAUCAGGUUUCAAAAACAUUUCAUGUGAAAACGUAUAUACACUGAUAUAAGUGUCCAACCGUUUAUAAUCAUUUUUUUCAUAAAAAUGAAAAAGUAAAAAUAUUGAAAUGGGAAUUGGCAACUGGAAACGGAUGGAAAAGGAAACGUUAGUUCCAUACAAUGAAAGUUGUACUUUGAUACGAGCUAAAAUGAAAGGAGCUGAUUAGAAGCUAGCAUUAUAUUCAUCAGUGUCAUAUCAUAGAGAUUUCAUCCUCUACAUUUGUAUAUAUACAUAAGUUUUUGUAAAAUAUUAUUUUAAUAGAUUUUAUCCUAA